AUGGAUGAUGCGGUGCGCACCACAACCACCACAAACAACGAGAAGAAGGUGACAGCAGUGCGCGGAUCAGCGGGCAUGAAGGGGAGCACACACCACCACCCUGGCCAGGGAAGGAGGGGCAGGAGCAUGGGCGUUGACGAUAGUGGUAGCGGAUCGCUAGUUGGAGACAUCACGGCUUACUCGAAGCUCGACUGGGACCGCUUCUCCCAAUGGGUGGUUUGCAUUGCCGCAGUGACGUUUGAUCUUGAGGCGGGGCAGGAUAUCGAGGAGAUGUUGCCUUCUCAACACACGUUCCCAAAGGCAAUUACAGACAACAUCAAAGGGCUCGCCUUUCCAGACAACAACUCCGGUUGUGUGGGUGACAUGUCGUACACGUUCCGCUUCAAGAACCACGCACGAAGGCCUCAUUCACAGCAAACACAGCGGCCUGCAACAGCGUGCACUUGA